AUGACCACCAGAGGCGACCACCACGUUGAUUUCCGCCUGGCACUCCGACCGGUAGCAGCACGACGGACGGGUAGUCCCCUGCCGUCACCACCAACGCCGGCGACGACGCAUCCUUCGCCCCCGACGGACCCUCAGUGGCACGACAUCAAAACCCUCUUGGAAACCAUUGAGGCGCAAACCAAGCAGACCGGGGUCGAUGUCGGCGAGCUUUGGGAGCGGUCCAAACACAAUAACCUGAGCCUCCAGCGGCUCGUGGCCGAGAUCGCCGAGUACUCCAACGAGGUCACCACCGAGGGUAACGCCACCAAGCAGGAUAUCCACGAUCUCAUCGCCAAGUUUGACCAAUUACGAGCCGAAGUCAUCGCCGAUGGUGACGUCAAUGACAUCGGGGCACAAUUACUCCGGCUAACCCAAGCCGUGGACAAGCUUAGUCACCACCAGCUGAGGGAAGCUCUCCUCCACGACGAGAUCGACAAACAGAAACAGAUAAUCGCUUCCCAGGCAGCGACGAUCGCUGCGUUUGAGCUGAAGCUGCGGCUGCUCCAGGCGCUUGAGCACCGCUACCAGGGUUUAGCUGAAGACUACCGGGCCAAGUACGCCGACCUUGAGUCGCUUCGCCGCCAGUACGUGUUAUUGAAACAAGAGAUCAGCCAGUUGGACCAGCUUAUCCCGGAACAGCCGCCGCUGUCGGCGUUGAACGGGGCCUACGCCGAGUUGGAAGACGUCGCCAACACCAGCUUCUCGGGGUGA